AUACUUUACGUUACUAGCAUUGUGCUGUUUCUAGCCUCAUGACACGUUUUAAAUAAAGAUGACAGCAGCCCUGCAGCUAACCGUGUGACAUCCACAGUAAAUCACGCCUUUUAACUUCUCACUCUGCAGCUUUUACGCAAAACACGUGUCCGAUUAAAUCCGUGUGUGCACGGACCGGUUCAAGUCGAGUUGAGUCAGUUUAAAAGUUGCUCAGAAACCCACAUUCUGGUCAAUAUUUACAGUAGCAGGUUAGUUAUUAACUCGCUGCAGCAGCUGCACACAGACCCAGCAGCUCUCAGGUCAGUGUCCGCCUCAGCAUGCAGUGUGUCCGGGUAUGGAGAGAGCUGAGGCCGCUGUGCAGAGCUCAGCUGUCCGCAUGGGCCAGCACCAGAACCCAGAGCCAGGCAGCGGGGACCAGGCUGGACCUGAGUGGGAUAUAUCCGCCCAUUGCAACCCCGUUCACCGCAGAGGAGGAGGUGGACUACCAGAAACUGGAGGGGAACCUGAAGAAAUAUGCACAGAUCCCGUUCAGAGGUCUGGUGGUUCAGGGCUCUAACGGAGAGUAUCCGUACCUGACGGAGGAGGAGAGGGUGGAGGUGGUGAGGACGGUCCGACGAUCUCUGCCCGGCGACAAGCUGCUGAUGGCCGGGUCCGGCUGCGAAUCCACCAGAGCCACGGUGCAGCUCACAGAGAAGAUGGCGGCUGCCGGAGCGGACGUGGUGCUGGUGGUGACGCCGUGCUUCUACAAGGGGAAGAUGGACAGCCGCGCUCUGAUCCAGCACUUCACUAAGGUGGCGGACAGCAGCCCGGUGCCGGUGGUUCUGUACAGCGUUCCUGCAAACACCGGGCUGGAUCUGCCGCUGGACGCCGUUGUGACGCUGUCUCAGCACCCCAACAUCCACGGCCUCAAGGACAGCGGAGGAGACAUCUCACGAAUCGGACUGAUUGUUCACAAAACCAAAUCGCAGGACUUCCAGGUGUUGGCGGGCUCAGCAGGGUUCCUCAUGGCCGCCUAUUGUGUCGGUGCUGUUGGCGGAGUGUGUGCGCUGGCCAACGUGCUGGGUCGGGAGGUGUGUGAGUUGGAGCGUCUGUGUGUGUCGGGGCGCUGGGAAGAAGCCAGAGUCCUGCAGCAGCGCCUCAUCGAGCCCAACGCCGCCGUGACCAGGAAGUUGGGAGUCCCCGCCCUCAAGCAGGCGAUGGAGUGGUUCGGUUUCCACGGCGGUGCCUGUCGGUCUCCUCUGCAGCCGCUGAGCGAAGCCGAGGCGCUGCAGCUGAAACGAGACUUCUCCACCAACGGCUGGCUGUGAGGUGACACGGGCAGGGUGUGUGUGUGUGUGUGACAGUGUGUGCAUGUGUGUGUCUGUGUGUCUGUGUAUGUGUGUGUCUUCACUUCACCUGGAAGCCUGUCUGAUAUUCAGUCCUUAGACCUGUAAAUGUGACAAAGGCGGAACACAGUCAGAUAAUAAGUCUAAUUUAGAUGCACAAAUUCAAUUUUCACACUGGUGUUAUUUACUUCACAUCAUAGGCUUUGAACACACACAUGCACAAAUAGGAUCUACACACACAUGCAUAAGUGGAGAGGGGCUCAUGGUUUGAUGCCUUGGUCCGAUCGGGACUUGAACCGGCGACCCUUUGUAUUCCAAACUAAAAACUGAGCCAAAUCAACUUGUUUAAUAAAUAUUAUAAAGGUUUAGUGUCUCAACAAAAGCCAGAUUUAGGAUUUAAAAUAUAUAAAUACAUCUUAAAAGCAAUUGCUUUUGAGGGAGAAAUUAUAAUUUAGAUCCUUGUUUUCUUUUGUUUGAUUGGUCAUUUUUAAGAAGACAACCCAUCUUGUAUCUUUGUUAUUUCUGAGCUUGUUUUUUGGUCAAAAUAAGCAUCAACUGUCAUGUUUUGCUGUCUUAGCGUGUACAUACCAAACAGAAAUAGACACACAAUAAAAAACACAGGGACUACAGGUGACGGGCUCACAACACAUCCAUCAGGUGGUUUUCAUUCCUAAAAGGCCCAUAAUAACAUAUAAAUAAAUAUCAUCCAACUGAAA